AUGGAAGCAGAGAAUGUCAAGGCAGAUCCACAAGCAGAACUGCCUGAAGAUCAGAUUCCCAUCAUGACAGUGAAGAGGAGGAACAAGGAAGACAUGAGAAGAAUUCAAGAUCACUGGAAUCUCCACCGACAGAGGGGUGAUCUACAAAACCAGAACUUCAAUAAGAAGCUGCCCACAGAGCUGCAGGAAACUCAGGCUAAGCUCAAGGCAAGGCAGAAGAGGCUGGAGGAAGAAAUGAAAAAUGUCAAAGAGGAAAUUAAUCUCCUUCAGGAGCAAGAGGCUCUAGAAAAGCCAAUCUACACAAGCUCUCUCAUGCAAAUUGGUGCAGCAGCAGUGUUGUUUCAUGAUGCCCCCAGUUCCCAACCUGAGAAGUGGAGCCUUUUCAGAUCGUUUAGGUCCAGUGUGGCUGCAGCUGCUCAGAAACAGGAGAUUGAGGAGAAGUUCCUGGAGCUACUGAGCAAAAUGGUGAAUAUGGGCAAUCCCAUGAUGAAAUACAUGGAAAUGGAAAAUAUUGGCAGCGGGACUUUUGGAGAGGUUUGUAGAGCAUUUGACACUGCUACAGGUGAAGAGGUGGCCAUAAAGAAAAUAAAUCUUCAAGGACUGACAAGUAAGGAAGUGACCAUCAAUGAACUCAUGGUCAUGAAGAAGAAUAGAAAUCCCAACCUGGUCAACUAUUUAGACAGCUACCUUGUGGAUAAACAAUUCUGGCUGGUUAUGGAGUACAUGGAUGGAGGCACUCUGAGCGAUGUCAUCAGCAAGACUCACAUGUCUGAAGGGGAGAUUGCAGCUGUCAGUCAGGAGUGCCUGCAAGGACUGGAUUUUCUUCACUCGAAUCUUGUGAUCCACCGAGAUGUGAAAAGCUGCAACAUCCUUCUCAGAACUGAUGGCUCUGUCAAAUUGGCUGAUUUUGGUCUUUCUGCUCAGCUCAUCCCUGGGCAGAAUCAAAGGUGCUCGGUGACCGGGACUUCUGAGUGGAUGGCGCCUGAAGUUGUGACAGGUCAACCGUAUGGCCCCAAAGUGGACAUAUGGUCUUUUGGAAUUGUGGGAAUUGAAAUGGUGGAACGAGAAGUUCCUUACUGGAAUGAAACUCCUGUCUCGCCUCAAUACCUGACAGCCGAAGGACGGACCCCACAGUUGCGUCAGCCCAAGCUCUUCUCGCCUUUGCUGCGGGACUUCCUGCACUGCUGCCUGCAGACAAACGAGGCGCGGCGCUGGUCUGCCAAGGAGCUCCUGCAGCAUCAAUUUGUAACAUCAGCCAAGCCUGCAUCCAGCCUGGCAGCACUGAUCCUGUCGCUGAAGAAGUAG